AUGGGGUUCUGUCUACUGGACCAGGCAGAAUCUGAGCGGAACCAAGGCUUGGCCCGUUCCCUCCUGAAGCCAAAUCUGAACUCCACCCCUACAACAAAGAAGAUGGAAUCCAAACCUGAACUCACAGAGGACCAGAAACAAGACAUUCGAGAAGUAUUCGAUCUCUUUGAUACAGAUGAAGCAGAGACAACAGAUGUUAAGGAACCCAAGGUGGCAAUGAGAGCUCUGGGCUUCCAACCCCAGAAAGAAGAGAUCGAUAAAAUGAUAGCUGACAUUGAAGAGGAGGGAACGGAAAAAAUCAAUUUCAGUGACUUCAUGUCUGUAGAGACCCAAAAAAUGGGAAAAGAUUCUAAAGAAGAAAUGAUGAAGGUUUUCAGUCUCCUGGAUGAUGAUGAUACCGGGGGGAACAAAAUCUCCUUCAAAAACUUAAAACAUGUGACCAGAGAGCUAGGGGAAAACCUCACCGAUGAGGAACUGCAGAAAAUAAUUGAUGAAACUGAUCAAGAUGGAGAUGGACCAAUCACCGAAAUGGAGUUCUUGUGGAUCAUGGAAAAGAUCAAUCUCUACUGA